AACUGUUUCAUUUACUUCCCUUGGUCGUAUCCGGUUUUAAUUUCAUUUUGCCGGCAACGAAAUUUGCACGUUUUGAAAAUGUCACAAAAACCACAACAGCAGCUUACCGAUAGAGACAGAGACAGAGAAAAGAAAAAGAAAGAAACUAUUCUAGACUUAUCUAAAUACUUAGAUAAACCCAUUAGAGUGAAAUUUAGUGGAGGAAGAGAAGCAAGUGGAGUUUUGAAAGGUUAUGAUCCACUGCUAAAUUUAGUAUUAGAUGGUUGUACAGAGUAUCUGAGAGAUCCUGAUGAUCCAUACAAACUUACAGAAGACACCAGGCAGCUAGGUUUAGUGGUAUGUCGAGGAACAUCUGUAGUUUUAAUUUGUCCUGCAGAUGGCAUGGAAGCCAUUGCAAAUCCUUUCAUUCAGCAAGAUGGAUGAAAAAUUUAGGAAUUUUUUUAGCAAAUAUAAUUAACAUUUUGACAAGAAGCAGUGCUUAGAUGGGGACCUUGAGAAUGUACAUAUAGUGCACUGUGAACUUACUCAGACUCUGAUGAUCUGAUAUAUAGUUUUUAUAACUUGUUUGUUAUUGUACAAAUAGUACUGUAAAUUGUGUUAUGAAUAAUGCCUAGGUAAAACAGAACUGACAGAAAAUAAAAGUCCUUUUAGUUAUUAUUGUAUUACAGUAACUGUUAAAAAUAAAGGUAUCAGUUAAGUUACCAACUGUUUAGUAAAUAAGUUUAAAUCUGCAUUUUUAUAUAAAAGAGUAUCCCGUUAUCCAUUCUUAACCUUUCUGUUAUUACCUCGUUUUUUCUAUUUUUAAUAGAAUUAUUUCCCCUUUUGUAACUGAAUUUCAAAUGACAUUUUUUUUAUAUAUUCUAUAUACUAUUCAAUUUCACACAAACAUCUGAUUUCUUCUUUCACUUUAAGAUUCAUAUCAAUGAAAUACAUAAUUUUUCUAAUACUGCUCUAUUUAUACCAUGUAGAGGAUACAAAAUAGGGGAGAUAACUUUGGAAUUUUUUUAUAUAUAUAUUCCAAAACAUUGCUUAUAAAUGAUGAUUGCUCAGAUACAUGUAUAUAGGUGCAAAGGACAAAAUCACAUAACCUAAGACAUGAAAAUUCUGGUAUUCAUGAAAUUGAUUGAAUCCUGUACUCUUAUUCAUUUCAUACACAUAUGUUUCAUUUCAUAUUUGGUGUUUUUACAUGGAUGCUGAAUAAACUGAAAAGAUA